AUGCCUAAGUCAGGGAAGAAAUCGAAAGAGUCAAAGGCCUCAAAAGGCUCUCAGAAGGGUUCCAAGGGCUCAAAAGGUUCUAAGGGUUCCAAAAAAGUCCCCAAGACUAUCGAGCCAGUUGAGGAACCGGAGAUUAUCGUUCCCGUUCCCGAGGGUGUUAUGCAUAAGCGCAUGCGCUUCCUUUUGGAAUCAACACUGAAAACUGAUGUAGACUUCAUUGUUGGGCCUGAUGGAAAUGAAACAACCAUUAAGGCUCACAAGUGCAUGCUUGCAGCCGAGAGUCCUAUGUUCGAAAAGCUAUUUGCUGACUGUCAGGAGUGGAAGGAUGCAGAAGUGAGAAAACGAGAACAGGAGGUUCUCGAGAUUCGUCAGCGGGAAGCAGAGGUAGAGGCGGAGCUCGCCAGAGAGGCGACUCAACGAGAACCUGGUAAAGUCGAGAGCCAGAAGUCCAAGAGCAAAGGCAAAGGCAAGGGUAAAGGAAGCAAGGAAAAAGGUAGCGAAAAGUCCAAAAGUAAAGACAAAUCUAAGUCCAAAGGGAAGGAUUCCAAGGGGUCCAAAGGUAAAACCGAAAAGAAGUCGAAAGGGAAGGAGAAGGGCUCCAAGGAUUCUAAGGGAAAGGGUUCAAAGGGAUCCAAGGAAAAGGGUUCCAAGAAAGGCCAACAAACGGCCGAUGAAGGUCCUGUCACGUUAAUUAACUUUCACAAAGACGAAGUUAUUGGACCUGAUACAAUCAGGGUGCAGGAUGUUCACCCUCUUGGAUUCUUCAGACUUCUCAGGUAUUUACUUUUUUUUUAA